AUGCCGGUGGUGGACGUAGAUAUUGUUACAAUCCCCGACAUGAUCGAGGCGCAGUUGACGCUGAGCUACAGCCGCCUUACACACCUCGUGCGUCUCAUCGUUGAUCAAGGCAACGGUCACGAUGUGGACAUCGACAAGAUGAGCAGCCGCAUAGAUGCGCUGACGAGGGAGAACGAGGAGCUGCGGGUCCUUGUGGGGACCCUCGUGGAUAAGUCGCACGAGAGUUGGGUUCGAAAGGAGUUGGAGAACUUGCGUGAAGAGGUUGCGCACGUGUCGAACGCCUGCGCGGAGAGCUCCAAGAAGCUGGCUUCCGUAACGGAGGAGUUUCAGUGGUGCUUCGACGAGAUGGAGAAACGGCUCAAGGUGGAGGCCGCCACGCGCACAAGUGAUAUGGAUCAGAUCCACUUGUCCGUCAGUGAAGUGCGGGACGUCGUGCGGGACAUGGGAGACACGCUGAAGCAUCUUCGAAACUUUGUAGAUGUAUGGGAGAGUAAACCCGAGACGACGGAGUCACUAACAACGCGUGACGCAGCAGGUGCCCUCCAACACCCCACCGAGGAGCGCGUAGGGUAUUUGAGUUCCCUGCCUGUCUUCACCAAAGUGUUUGAUGAGAUGGAUGUGCUUCGUCAAAUGCUUCAACAGCAGGCUGCUGAUAGCCUCUCGGCAAAGAAUGUUGCAGGGGCAAUUCGGCGCCUUAGUGCUGCUGAGAUUGCCGCCUCAGGUGGAUCUGACUCAAAUAAAGUUGACCGCGACACCAUCAACGGCUUGCGGGAGUCCCUUGGGUCUGUGCUGCAACGUCUAAAUAAACUUGAGAGCAGACCACCGCCCGCGUUUGGGCAGGCACAACUGCAGCAGCAACAACCACCUGCAACCCCGUCAGUGGAACUGGAAGAUAUUAUUAAAUUUGAGAAGCGGUUGCAACAUGUGGAGAAUGGUUUACGCAGCCUUUCCUUCCAGUUAUCUGAUGGAGGAGGUCUGGAUAAGGCCCAUCUAACGGGCUCUGAUGGGCGUUUGCGAUCCCCAGAGAGUGGGGGUGAGACCCUCUCAUUACAACGGCUGCCGCGGAGGGAGGGGGAAAUUCCUAUGCCUGAUACAUCCGGGCAGCAGUUCUUUAGGCCUCAGUCACAGUCACAGUCACAGUCACAGCGCCCGGCAUCGGCUUCUCUCGGGCGACGUGCACCAGCGCCUGGAGGAAGAGAAGGAAAUCCUGAUCUCACAGGGGAUGGCUUGGCACUGCCGUACCUUACCACACUUCCGUCGAAUGGGAGGAAUGAGCCGUCGUAUCCGCAAGCGCCGCAGAAGGCUCGAGCUGGAGCGCCCAGCAGUGGGGAAUUUACUGUGCAGCCGUUGGAGUUAGCUGCGGGCGACGCUCUUGCUGUGACUCCGUUCCAAGUAUCGACGCAAGCACAGGCAAUGGGCUAUGAUGAUGAAAUCCAGCGUCGUAUUGCGCGGCUGGAGGAGGGUUCAACUGCGCUGGAGAGGAAAAAGGCCGACCGCCAGGAGUUGGCGCAGCUUGGGGACGUCUUGCAGCAGCUCCUUGAAAAUCCGGCACUGCUGCAAGUAUACCCCCACUUACAAGCCUUAAUACCUCGUCGUCCAAUGUCGCAGCAAGAAUCUCGUGGAACACACUUUAUGGAGUCCGCGUACUGCGCCAAUUCGGCGACGGUGCCCGGGAGCGCCAUGCCUGGACGUCCCGUGUUCAUUGGGGGAAAGGCGCACACCUUACGCGACAACACAGGUGCCAUGACGUCGGCCACCCUAUCUACUUCGCAUCUCGUGUAA